CAACGUGAGACUAAAGUCUCUUAGUAUUUACGUGUGAUAUAUCAAACUCGCUAUAAUAGAUUUAGUUCCAGUACAAAUGUUUUGGUGAGAGAAGUUUUAGAAAUAAAACAAUUAAAACAUCAUUAAUUAAAAAAUUCAAUUUUCUAUUGGACAUUUAAAGCUAGAUCUUCAAUUAAAUAAGUACUAUAAACAGUACAUAAAUAAUGUGCAGCCAGUGGAGAUUUUCAAAAAAAGAUUUUCUUAUAAAAUCGCAUUAGGAAAAUAUACUACCACCUAAAGCAAGAACUUCGACUAUAACAAUGGAAUAUCCCAAAAAUGUGUUCAAAAAAUAACUGAUUAUCAUAAGCAUCACAAAAUGGGACAGCAUAAUAUAAGUGAUUCAGUCCCGCUGCAAGCAAAGGUUUUCGCAUUUCGUAAACAGAUUCAGAAUAUUCAGAAUGGAGAAGAAAAUCAAGCAUAGAAGUGAAAUAACGCAGGACAAGAAAAAAAUCAAAAAUAUUAUGUUAUACAAAUUAAAAUCAAAAUUUUAUUAACAUAAAAAUAUUAUAUACAAAAAAAAAAUUAUCGAGUGGAUUUUAAUAUUAACACAAAACAAAAAAAACAUUAAAAGUGUAAUUAUCAUAAUUAAUAUCCUUUGAAAUUAUUACUAUACUGGUAUAAAAUUCGAACAUAAUAGAAAAAAUAAUAUUCAUAAUAUUGUACCAUAUUGUGUGUAUGUUGUUUAUUAAUAUCCAGUUAAAUUCUAUAUUGUAAAUGCACACUCUAUAAUUAUAUCGGUAAACGAACACAAAAAAAAAAAAAAAACAUUUCUAAACAAUAUUAAAAUAUUGUAAAAAAAAGAAAAAAGAACCCUAGAAAAAAUUAAUAAAAGAAAAGGAUAUACGAAUGGAAUUAUCACAACAAAAGCAACUAAUAAAAUUAAAUAAUAAUAAAAAUAAUAAUAAUAAUAUAAAAAUAAUAAUAAGUAGAACUUUUUUAAUAUUAUUUUUGAUAACAUAUGUGCUGCCAUUUUAACAUUUGUAUAUAUAGAAAAGAAUGGCAAAAUUGAAUUUAAUUUUAAAAAGAAAUAUUAAAAAUAAACAAAAAAAUAUUUAUAAUAUAGAAACAGACAAAAUAAAAAAAUGUCCUUGGAAAUCGUCUGUAAUAAAUUUUCGAAAAGAAAAAGAAGAAGAAAAAUUUUCAUUCAAAGAAAAUUUACAACAACAGCAAAAAAAAUAUCAAUAUUAUCUCAUCAACAAUAUAAAAUCAAAAGAAAAUAUCAUAAAAAAUAUAACAAAUAUACGAAAAAUAAAAUUAAAAGAAAAUAUCAAAUGUAUAUUAGAAAAAAUAAUAUCAUCAACAUCUUUAAUAUCAAAUAUAUUAAAAAUACCAGAGAAUAUAGAAAAACAAACAAUAAAAGCAGCAACGACAGCAACAGCAGUCACAUCAAUAGCAACAACGACAAAGACAACAACAACUACAACCACAUUAACAAAUUUAAAUUUAAUAAAUCGACUGAAAGUGACAUAUUCACAAAUUUUUAUAUUAAUAAUAUUAAUAAUAUCACAAUUGACUGGAAGAACUGGUUGCAGUGGAGAUCCAACGGAUUUUCAAAAAAAUAAUAAUAAUGAAAUUAAAUACACUUGCAGAUUCUAUGGUGAAGAUGCAGAGACUUAAGUGCACCUUAUGGAAGAGGGUAAGAGAAGUGAUAAUCUAGUGGGCUUAACUUUUGCG